UCCUAGGGCACGAAGCGGAAGCAGAAGCAAACAAUGGCCAACAGUGAGAUGAAUCACAUCGCUGUCAUCAUAGAAGAAUUCCAGGCACUCGACAAACAGAUCCAGAAACUCCUGUCCAGACGAAGGUACCUUAGGGAUUUGAAGGCUCGGCUGCUGGAUAAACCAUCCUCGCCAUCUGAAAUUGACGUAACAUCAACCCCGCGUUGUGCCACUCACUUCCAAGGACAAGUAAGCUUCACCCCCGUGCCUCGUAGGAGCGACAACAAUACCAAUGAAGACCUCGGUGUGUUUCAGCUAUGCAGGCAGGGGUUCAAGGCUAGAACACCUCCAUCGGCACAGGCGAGCAUCUCGACCCAGAACCGGUUCGACCCUCUCCGCGUCCCCAGUUUGCCUUCAACCCCGGGUGAUGUAAUCGUGGUAGGUGAUUCGAUUGUAAGAAACUGCAAUAUCGCAUGCCCUAAUCGGAAAUCUUUUGUUUCUUGUUUUCCCGGUGCUUGUGUUCGAGAUGUGAUGAGACGUGUGGCGACUAUCUACAAGAAGCACAAGAACAGGGCAGUGGGAUCCAUUGCAUUACACGCCGGCGUAAAUGACAUAAGGCACCGACAGUCGGAGAUUCUCAAGGCUGACUUCGCAGCACUAAUUAAAGACACAAAGGAGAGGACCCUAUCAGCAAGGAUCUUCAUUUCGGGUCCACUAUCUCUCGUCAGACAAUCAAAUGAAUACUACAGUCGUCUGCUGGUAUUAAACAACUGGCUGAAAGGCUUCUGCAAGAAUCAAGACAUCGGGUUCAUCGACAACUGGGACCUCUUCUGGGAAAGACCGUGUUUCUUCAAGUGGGAUGGCCUGCAUCUGAAUAGAUUCAGCACCCGGGUCUUCUCCGAAAACAUCGCUAAGACUAUCCACAGGAAAUCUCACUAGGUGCCGGCACCAUUGAUGACAUCACUUCCAGUCCCCAAAGACGUCACUUCUGGCCCCAGCACUAUGGAUGACGUCACUUCCAGCCUCGAAGACAUCACUUCCAGUUCUGGUGCAGAUGACACCACUUCCUGUCAUGGCUUUAAAAAGCCAUGUUCUCAAACUAAAGUCAGUUCUGUUUUGGAUUUCAAACUGAACACACCUUAAAAAAUACCCAUUUGCAGCU